AUGGCGUCCCACAUUGUCGGAUACCCUCGGAUGGGGCCCAAGAGGGAGCUCAAGUUCGCGCUGGAGUCCUUCUGGGACGGGAAGAGUACCGCCGAGGAUCUGCAGAAAGUCGCCGCCGAUCAGAGAUCCUCUAUAUGGAAGCAGAUGUCCGACGCUGGGAUCAAGUUCGUCCCCAGCAACACCUUCUCGUACUACGACCAAGUGCUCGACGCCACGACGAUGCUCGGUGCCGUUCCCGAGCGGUACAGCUACGCCGGCGGAGAGAUCGGGCACGACAUCUAGUUCUCCAUGGCCAGAGGGAACGCCACUCUCCCUGCCAUGGAGAUGACCAAGUGGUUCGACACCAACUAGUAAGUGGAGAUCUCUCUCCUCUGGUUCUGAGAUUUAAUGAUGAUGAUGAUAUGAUGAUCUCCAACGAUGUGGAUAGCUGAGUUCAUUUCUGUUUUUCUCCAGCCAUUACAUCGUCCCCGAGCUCGGGCCAAGUACGACGUUCUCCUACGGCUCCCACAAGGCCGUGUCUGAGUACAAGGAGGCCAAGGCGGUACGAGCCGAAAGCUUUUAAACCUGCGGUGCCCGUGGAAUUUAAAUAAUGAACGACUAGGCACAGUCAACUUGCUUGGCCGAGUGGGCUGGGUCCCAUAGAGUACGUUCGACCGGGCCCGGAAGAAAGAUCAGAAAAAUGGGCUUUGGGCUUAGGGUGGGUCUACUAAAAAACGGGCCCUGUCGGAACUGGGAGAAUUCCCCGUGGGGGGGGGGGUUGCAGAACUGGGCUGACGGCGGAUCCUGAAUGUUAUUUAUUUACUAUAUUUUUUAACCCUCUGCCGUGGUCAAGUACUCACAGCUGGACUGAUCUGUUGCAGCUCGGGAUCGACACCGUUCCAGUGCUCAUUGGACCCGUGACCUACUUGUUGCUCUCAAAGCCUGCGAAGGGUGUUGAGAAAUCCUUCUCCCUUCUUCCUCUACUGCCAAAUGUUCUCCCUGUCUACAAGUAUCAUUCAUUCAGAUGCUUCUUCGUGUUUAUGUGAUUUAUCCUCAACUCCAGUACUAACUCGGAAGAUAUUAAUAGGGAAGUAAUUGCGGAACUAAAGGAAGCAGGUGCUUCGUGGGAUUCAGUUUGAUGAACCUACGCUUGUGCUGGAUCUGACAACCCAGCAAUUAGAGGCUUUCACACAAGCUUACGCAGAGUUGACUUUAUCCUUCUCUGGCUUGAACGUUCGUAUUGAGACCUACUUUGCAGAUGUUCCUCCCCCGGCAUACAAGUCAGUUGAUUCUCCCCUUGUAUUUGUCGCCCUCCUAGAAGACUUGACCGAUCGUCCUGGAUCGUGUUUCCAACCAAUCUUCCUCCAUCUCGUUUUCUCGCAGGACUCUGACGAGCUUGAGUGGGGUUUCUGGAUUUGGGUUUGAUCUUGCCCGUGGAACCAAAACGCUGGACUUGAUUAAGAGUGACUACCCUGCCAACAAAUACCUUUUCGCGGGAGUGGUUGACGGAAGGAACAUUUGGGCUAAUGAUCUCGCUGCUUCCCUCGGCAUUCUUGGAUCUCUUGAGGCCAUUGUAGGCAAAGGUAUGCAUGGAUACAAUUUCUUCCAUUCCAAGAGUUGCUUCCCAGAGAAAUUCGUGACCUGUGCUGAUUCUGGAGGUUGUUUUUGACAGAGAAGCUUGUUGUUUCUACCUCAUGCUCGCUCAUGCAAACCGCCGUUGACUUGAUUAAUGAGACUAAGUUGGACCAUGAAAUCAAGUCAUGGUUGGCUUUCGCUGCACAGAAGAUUGUAGAGGUCGAUGGUUUGGCCAAGGCGUUGGGUAGUCAAAAGAAUGAGGUACCUACACACAUUCUUUGUAUGCGUUAGUCUUUUCUUAGAAACCCUGAUGAAGAAUGGGGUUACCUACCCUUAGUUUCCCAACUUUAAUGUUUUACUUCUUUGAUGAUAAAGGCAUACUUCUCAGCCAAUGCUGCUGCCCUAGCUUCGAGGAGGUCCUCCCCCAGGGUGACUGAGGAGGAGGUUCAGAAAGCUGUAAGUCAUUGUCGAUUAUUGUUUUCCUGAUAUUACUUAUGGAGAUCCUAGCCUACUGAAAAAUCUUCUCCUACUGUGUUUACCUUAGAGGUAGCUGCGGUGAAGGGUUCUGAGCACCGUAGGGGGACAAAUGUCACCGCGAGAUUGGAUGCACAGCAAAUGAAGUUCAACCUUCCGAUCCUCCCCACCACUACUAUUGGUUCAUUCCCCCAGACAAUGGAGCUCCGGCGAGCCCGUCGUGAGUACAAGGCAAACAAGUAAGCGAAUCUCAAGUGAUCAGUCAUCCUUGUCCAUGUGAUAUUAGCUCAAAACUCAUGAAUCCAUUACUCAUCUCUAGGAUCACCGAGCAGGAGUAUAUUAGUGUGAUGAAGGAGGAGAUUAGAAAGGUCAUUAAACUUCAGGAAGAGCUCAACAUCGACGUUCUUGUUCAUGGAGAACCCGAGGUGAUCAUUCAUACCAUCCCCAUGAACAUACAGAUACAUAUAAGGGAAGAAAGAGAUAGAUAGAUAGAGAGAGAGAGAGAGAGAGCGAGAGAGAGAGAGAGAGAGAGAGAGAGAGAGAGAACCUUGAUUCAGUUGAUGUGACCUGCAGAGGAACGACAUGGUGGAGUACUUUGGGGAACAACUGUCGGGUUUCGCGUUCUCCGCCAACGGGUGGGUGCAGUCGUACGAUUCCCGCUGUGUGAAGCCGCCAAUCAUUUACGGCGACGUGAGCCGCCCCAAGCCUAUGACGGUCUUCUGGUCCACCAUGGCCCAGAGCAUGACCCGGGGCCCCAUGAAGGGCAUGCUCACCGGCCCCGUCACCAUCCUCAACUGGUCCUUCGUCAGGAACGAUCAACCCAGGUGAGAGAGACCCGGAACCCCUCUCGCCCUUGUGACCAUCUCCAACCAGUAGUUUGCAUCUGUCUCUCCCCCGAUAGGUAUUAGAUUAAUUGACUGGUCCCUGUUUCCAGAUACGAGACGUGCUACCAGAUUGCUCUCGCAAUGCAGAAAGAGGUCGAGGAUCUCGAAGCCAGUGGGAUCAAGGUUGGUGUUCCUCUUCUCGCAGUUUUUCUUCUUCCUCAGACGGUUUUAAUUCCAUCUUUUCCCAUGGAUUCAUUCCAGAUCAUUCAAGUCGAUGAAGCGGCUCUCAGAGAGGGCCUCCCUCUCCGGAAAUCCGAGCAAGCCUUCUACCUCGACUGGGCCGUCCACUCCUUCCGCAUCACCAACUGCGGCGUCAAGGACAGCAGGUCACCAUUUUCCUCUUCUUCCUAUGUUUCUUCUUCUUCUUCCUCGUCCUCUGAGAUAGAUCCACGCGGGGAGCUAACUGGUACUGACUGCAGAUCCACACCCACAUGUGCUACUCCAACUUCAACGACAUCAUCCACUCGAUCAUCGACAUGGACGCUGACGUGAUCACAAUCGAGAACUCGCGCUCCGACGAGAAGCUACUUACGGUAUUCCGCGAUGGGGUGAGGUAUGAGGCCGGCAUCGGCCCGGGAGUCUACGACAUCCACUCCCCAAGGAUCCCCUCCACGGAGGAGAUCGCCGAGCGGAUCAACAAGAUGAUAACGGUGCUCGAGACCAACGUCCUCUGGUCAACCCCGACUGCGGUCUCAAGACCCGCAAGUACGUCGAGGUCAUCCCCACCCUCGGGAACAUGGUCGCCGCUGCCAAGCUCCUCCGCACUCAGCUCGCUUCUGGCAACUGA